AUGGUUGGACCAGAAAUAACGCGACGUUUACCUUAUUAUGAAGGGUUGCGGUUUUCCGUGGAAAAUUAUUUCGGGGUUGGUAUCUUCUUGGGUGCCUCACUUCUGCACAAUUAUCUAACGAAGAGACCAAUUGGUGCCGCAAUCCCAAAGCAUUUGGCGUCUGCCGUGGCGGGGUACCUUAUUGGAAAUGAAGCAGAUAAGUACCUAGACAAUCGGAGAAGCCAGCAAGUGAGUGUCAUUGAAGAUUACAUCUGCAGACACCCUGAAGACUUUCCACGUGUCAGGGCCAAGAAGUACAAAGAUAUUCUGUUACCUUGGAUUCCAGUCAGAUGA